AGACGCUUCCUGACUUUAGGAAUCUCUUCUUAAUAAAGUUUUUAGGAGUCAGGAAAGGAACAGCCUUGUUUUCUCUUCCACUUUUGUGGAGCGUCAGCAUACUGCCCUUAUCGGUCUGCGCAAAUUCAGACGGGUGUCCAUUCCCUAAAUAGCGCGGAGCGAUGUCUCCGGCCGAGAAGAACAAGACCACCGUCCGCCUGGUGUUCUUCGGCGCGGCGGGGGUGGGCAAGACCGCCUUGAUCCGGAGGUUUCUGCAGGACAAUUUCGAGCCCAAGCACAAGCGCACUGUGGAGGAGCUGCACAGCAUUGAGCACGACCUGGAUGGGACCAAGAUGCGCAUCGAGAUCAUGGACACCAGCGGUAGUUACUCCUUCCCGGCGAUGAGGCAGCUCUGCAUCCGCCAGAGCGAUGCUUUCGCCUUGGUCUACUCUAUCAACGACCCCGAGUCCUUCGAGGAGGUGCACAGGCUGCGGGAGGAGAUCCUGGAGCUGAAGGGGAGCAAGCUCACACCCAUUACCGUGGUUGGUAACAAAGCCGACCUGGGAAACCAUCGCCGGGUUCCCGCGAAGGAGAGCAUGACCAUCGUAGAGCUGGACUGGAGCGCCAGCUUCGUGGAGGCGUCCGCCAAGAGCGGCUUGAACGUCGCGGGAGUUUUCGAGGAGCUCUUGCGGCAGGUGAACUUCCCUAGCAGCCUGAACGCGGGGCUGCCAGUGCGCAGGGGAACUGUGCCAAAGGACGGCGCUCUGGUGCGCAAAAAGCCGCUGAUAAAGAAGGCAGACAGCUGCACCGUCUGCUAGCCGAGAGCUACAGCUCUGCCUCACAAGGUGUCUGGUUGAUAUCAUGACUGGAGCAGGACGUGAACACAGCGAGAAACGGCGUGGAAGAUGCCCAGCCUGCUUCAUUUUAGCUCCAACUUUUUCCAAAAGGCGCAUGGAGUGGAAUGGGCGCUGCACCAACUCGGCACAGAGCUGCUAAUUCUAAUGUAAAUAUUAAGUGCUUGUUAAACUGUACAACAGACAUAUUUUCCCGAGGGUGUGAGGAGUAAUUAAAAUGAACUUGUGUAGGUGUGUGAUAAAUGGAAACCGCGUAGUUAAAUUGCUCAGAUAACUGCAUAUUUUAAAUGUGGUUGAUAUGCAUCUGGGAAUUUACAGCCGCACAGUUUAAUAGCAUCAGCUUUUACUAUCAAAUUAUCACACAAGUAAUAUGAUCAGGCAAUGCAUAACAGAUUGCCUUUGGUAAGAGAGUUCAAUUCAAUGUAAUUUGUUUUUAUAUAGCGCCUUCACAAUGCCUGCCCCAAGGUACUUUACAUGAGUGUGUUGUGUUACAUUAUACAGCAGUGAUGGGCAAUCUUAUCUGCAAAGACCCGGUGUGUAUGUGGGUUUUCGUUGUAACUCCCUAAUUAGAUUACUAAUUAGAGGACUGAUUGGCUGAAGAGUCCUCACACCUGGGUGUGAACAGCUGACCUAAAGGUUAUCCCAAAAACCUGCAUACACAGCCACCCUUUGCGGAUAAGAUUGGCCACCCCUGCAUUACGUCAUUAAGACGGUACAAUACAAUAACAGGGAAAAGGAAAGACAGAAAAAUUCAGGAAAAAAUUAAAAUAAGCUUCCAAUUCAUCUUAGUAUUCAAGUAGUUCUUAGUUGCAAAGUUGUAUUGAAAUCGGUUUGUUUAGUCGCUCCCCAUUGACUCCACGUUGCACGGCGCAUCGAUUCAUGUGUCGCCAGACCUGGGCGCUAUUCCGCCCUCUAGUGGUUGUCAUGGUUCGUUACAGUCGGAAAUGCCUCGAACUGAACAAACCUGGUGAUGAAAUGUAAGCUAAUUGUCCUCUUAUAUUUUAUAUAAUAUCGGAACAGGUGGGGGUAGGUUGUUCCUGGUUCACGGGUGAGGAGCCAGAAUCCAAUCUGAUAUAUUUAUAUUUAAUGCCCACUCGUUUUUGUCUUUAAUCAUAUUCAGUAUAUACUUAUAUAUUUUAAUAAUGUAAGUAUUGUGCAUUCAUGAAAAGUACUGCAAACAACUGUGAUGUUAAACAUAUGCCUUUCAGCGCAGCACAGGCAGCGGCCUGCCAGUGGGGUGUAAUACAUUUAGUCUAAAAUGUAAUUGUCUGCUACUGAAACUUUACAAUUAACUGAGAAUAAUGCUGCUUUUUUUUAUCAACACACUGGAUGAUUCAAUAAUAAAAGA